UUUGGCCAAAAGAAGCUCACAAUUCCCAAGGCUUACUACAGGUAGGACAGAGAGGACAAAGCUGUUAGCAGAAGAAACACUGUGGAAGCACCAUCUGUUAGAAUUUUCAGAAACAGCAGGUGUACACAUACUGUACCACCUUUAACACCAUGGACGGAGAACAGGAGCCUACCAAGCUAACUGUGAGCAGUCCAGUUCAGACCCAGAUCCCCAUUAAGACCUGGCGUUCCAUCAAGAAAGUUUCUGUCCCUGUUACCGAGAAGACGGCAGAACACUUGGCCUCACGUUUCCAAGGAGAUGGGGUGCGCUACAAGGCCAAGCUCAUUGGGCAGGAUGAGGUUACUGGGCCCCAGGGGGACAAGAUGUGUUUGGACUCCAUGAUGAAGCUCAAGGGCUGGGAGGCUGCUGGGAGGCGACAGGGACAGCACAAGCAGAGGGUCUGGCUCAAAGUGUCCACCACAGGCGUGAGAAUCGUAGACGAAAGGACAGGGGUAGUGGAACAUGAACAUGAGAUUGAGAAGAUCAGCUCUUUGAAAAAGGAUGAUUCUGACCCGAGGGCUUUCUCAUACAUCCAUGGUCACAACGGGGGCUUCAAGCUGUUUUUCAUCAAGAUGGCCAAUGCAGCUGACCCUGUCAUUGAGGACAUCAGAGAUGUUUGCCAGAUUAUGGCCCAAGUGGAACGAGUCCCAGAGACUCCACAAACACAGAAUGGAAAUUCUCUGCUUCUGGACGAACAAGUGGUCACUCCUCAGAAGUCGCAGUCCCAUGAUGAGCUCACAGAUUUAUUUGCCCCUCCCUGUGAGACCCAAGCCCCCAUCUCACCAACUACACCUGCUUACCACUUGAGUCCACCAGGAUGUCAAUCGCAGAACCCCUGGGCUUCUCCCCAAACACCCCCUGCCUUUCCUGGCCAGACACUAGGGGUCACACCCUUCACUGUAUCGUCUGCUACAGCCUGGGGCCCACAAGGGCAUCUUGGGGCCCCGUACCCCAGUUUUAAUGGGCCCUGGGAUGCCACUGGACCCUGGACCACUCAGCAGACUGGGUCAAGCUGGGUUCAGCCCAACCUGGUGCCACAGUUGGGCCCUGGGGCCCAAUCACCUGGUGUGAUGACAUCACCAGGAGCCGUGUGGGGCCAAGCACAAUCUGCUUAUCCCACUGCUGCUGUCAAUUUCCAUCCCGCUGGAAGAGAAGAAAUCCCAGACCUGCUCACCAGCACAACCUUCCAAGCCCAGUAAAACUGUCACCCGUCCAUUCACCAGUGAUGCUUAAGAAGAACUAUUCAUCCCUUUUUAUAGGAAUCAUGAUAUUGCUUUCAAAAAUGGAAGCAACAUAUUCUGAACCUGUCUAUCUAUCUAUCUAUCUAUCUAUCUAUCUAUCUAUCACUAAAGCAGUAGUGCACAUAGUUUUUGUUAAGCAGGAACCAAGUACAAAUUCAUCUAUAACAAGCUAUUAUAAUAGAAAUAUAAAGCCAUACACAAUACAAUGUACAAUAAACAAAAUACCACAACCAAAUUAAUACAAAAGGAGGGAAUGGAGAUGGGAUUUCUGGAGAUGUGAGUCUUCAGACUGUAUCAGAAACCAGUGAGUGACUACAACUGCUCUAUGAGUGAAGGAAGUACCAUCAUGAAAGACCCAUUUCUGCUGGAAAGAAAUACGUUAACAUGCCGUGAAGACCACUAAAACAAGCAACCGUUGACAUUGCCUUUUAAGGGUAUGGGUGUAUCCAAAUAAUAUAAGGAAAAUGCACUUAACACCAUUUGUGUACAAUAAACCAUUAUACAACAUA